AUUCGCAAUUUAUACAUCAGUGGCAUUAUUGUAAUUCAAAGAAAUGUUAAAGACAAAAAUGUCCAGAUAUGCUUGGACAGUCCUGGGGACCGUACGUAGGUAGACGGACUCUUCCUGAUGAGGUUCAGGUUCGGUUUGGAAUGAGAUUUGUGAAACACGUUUUGACUCUUCAGAUAUCUUCGUCAGCCCCAACCAAACCAAUACCACUUCCUUUUGUUUUCUUUCUUUCUUCCUUUCAAAAUCCACGCACCACCAAAUCAGAUAAACCAAAAUAAAACGAGAAUAAAUUCCAUCCUUGAGUAGAGCCUCUUCUGAUCUUCAACUCCGGCUGCGGAAGUUUGAUUGGAUUUAUAGUCUACGAAUUUGGAAGGUGUGAUUUGAUAAAGCACGUUUCCGGUUGCGGGGCUGGGACACCUUCGAAUCGAUCGGUCGGAGGAGCGUCAGAGAAAUUCAAACUACAGAUGCCGGUGGAGGACCUGCUCGACAUCAAGUUCAGGCUCUUCGAUGGCUCCGAUUUGGGCCCUUUUCGAUACUCCUCGGCCUCCACCGUCGAUAUGCUUAAGCAGAGGGUCGUCUCUGAUUGGCCCAGAGGUAAAACAAUCGUACCAAAGGCAGCGAAUGAAGUGAAACUAAUCAGUUCUGGUAAAAUCUUGGAAAACAAUAAGACCGUUGGUCAGUGUAGAAUGCCUUUUGGUGACAGUGGCGGAGGUGUUGUAAUAAUGCAUGUUGUCGUACAGCCAUCUCUUUCAAAGACUAAAACAGAAAAGAAGAUUGAUGAUUCACCUAGGAAAAUUGUCUGCUCGUGUUCCAUCUUGUGAAAGAAACUGUGAUAUAGUCGAACUGUCGAAGGGUUUACCCUGGUUUCCAAGCUUUAGCUGCAGAAGCAUAAUGUGUCUGUUGCAGCGCUCCUCAGUACAACUUCAUAUUCUCGAUGAAAUGUAAUUAUGAAAACAAUUUCUGUUGUUGAUGACCUUAAAGUUCUUUUUCUAUCAAAGGGUUGACAGCAUCCAGUGGCCUUUGAUUUCUACAACCAUGAAUUAAGCACCUUUUUUUUUUCUUUUUUCUUUUUUUCUUUUCUCUUUUUUUAAUUUUUUGGUCAUUUCUACAACAAAGGUGUAUACAUCUGUCUGUGUAAAGACGAAAUCUGCAACGAAAUUUCAAUGAGAAUUGAGAAUGCACGUCUGAUUAUUCUGGAUUCUUUA